UUGUAAACUUAUGGUUUCUUGGGUGUAAUUGUAGAUAAUGAUUGUAUAUUUCGCCGAAUUUAUGAAUUCUCUUUGAUAAUAAUGUAAAUACAAAUAGAAUUCAUAUCGCAGUGUUUUUACAGUACCGCAACUUAGCUGACGUUACCAUUUUCGUCUGAAUGCCACGAAACAAUGACUGAACACGAAUCGAAAAGUUUGUUAGCAAAAUACGUGACUAUUUUCCUUGUGGUUUCCGGCUACUGGUUUGUCUCAAUAUGCACGGUUUUCGUGAACAAAACAUUACUGAGCAAUAUAAAUUUGGAUGCACCCAUGUUCAUUGCGUUCACACAAACACUAAUUACUGUGUUCAUUUGUUUGUUCAAAAAACAGCUCAGCAAAAUGUUUCCUGAUAAAUUUCACUUUCCUGAUACAGACGUUUGGGAUUGGUACACGAUUAAGGCCAUUGCACCAGUCUCAAUCAUGUUCACCUCAAUGAUUGCAACAAAUAAUUUGUGCCUAAAAUAUGUAUCUGUGGCAUUUUAUUACAUUGGAAGAUCUUUGACUACAAUUUUUAAUGUCUGCUUGACUUAUUUAAUUUUGGGUGAAAAAACAUCAAAAAGGUGUAUUUUUUUCUGCCUUGUGAUAAUUUUUGGUUUCUAUUUAGGAGUAGACCAAGAAAAUAUUGCAGGCAGUUUAUCAGUAAUGGGAACAUUGUUUGGCAUAUUAGGAUCUCUAUCCCUUUCACUAUUUUCAAUAUUCACCAAAAGGGUGUUGCCAAAAGUAAAUGGUGAAGUUUGGGCGUUAUCAUAUGCCAACAAUGUAUAUGCCACAAUUUUGUUCAUACCAAUGAUGAUAGUCAAUGGUGAAAUCACUCAAUUAAUUAACUAUAAGGACAUUUUCGAUUCGUAUUUUUGGACCAUUAUGGUGAUAGGGGGCAUAUUUGGAUUUGCCAUUGGUUUCUUCACUUCAUUACAAAUAAAGUUCACAUCAGCUUUGACCCAUAAUAUCUCUGGUACUGCCAAAGCAUGUGCCCAAACAGUCCUGGCCACAUACUGGUACCAAGAAACAAAAUCAUUACUGUGGUGGACCUCCAACAUGAUAAUAUUGCUUGGGUCCGCCGGUUAUGCAAGGGUGAAACAAUUGGAUAUGGAGAAAAAACAUAGGGCAACACCUACAUACAAUAGACCCACUUUUUUUUGAGGCGCCAGUAUUAAUUGGUACCGAGAUAUAAUUCUUUUAUCUAAAAUGUCCACUCCUUAGGCAAAACUACCUGUGAUAUUAUUUGAUUACAUCUUAAUACCAAUUUUAUUCAUUGUUUUGUUCCAUCUUUAUUGAAUAUAUUGAACUGUGUUUUAUAAAUAAAAAUAUUUAACCAA